CAUCUCACACUUGCUAAACAAAAGCUUCUUCAUCACAUCAACUAUCAUUCUACAUAUUCAACCACAAAUCACAAGUAGCAACUGCAAGCUGUAGCAUAGCACCUAAACAUACGUACUCUCAAGGCUGAAACUACCGCUGCGUCGGUAUGGAGGCGCCGCUGCUCGAACGGAGUGCCGGCGAACUCCAGCUGAUUGGAGACGACGGAGACUACGUUCCGGUGAGAGGGCUGAAGGCGUGGUGGAGAGUUUUCUGCAUAGAAACAGCGAAGCUGUGGCGGAUAGGCGGCCCCAUAGCCUUUCAGAUAGUUUGCCAGUACGGGACCAGCUCCGUCGCCACCAUAUUCGUCGGCCACCUCGGAGAUGUCGAGCUCUCCGCUUUCUCUAUUGCUACGUCGGUGGUCGGAACUUUUGCUUUCGGCUUCAUGCUUGGAAUGGGAAGUGCCCUGGAAACACUAUGCGGUCAGGCAUUUGGCGCCGGACAAGUUCAUAUGCUCGGUGUUUACAUGCAACGGUCAAUAAUAAUUCUAUUUGCGACUUGCAUUCUCCUCUCACCGCUCUACAUAUUUGCCACUCCAAUUCUUAGGGUGAUCGGACAAUCCAAUGAAAUAGCAGAACCUGCAGGAUUCUAUACACUUCUAACCAUCCCUCAACUUUUCUCUCUUUCGAUAGCUUUUCCAGCCCAAAAGUUCCUUCAAGCCCAGAGCAAGGUUGGCGUGCUUGCCUGGAUAGCAGCUGUUGCUCUUCUUUCACAAGCUCUAUGGUGUUGGCUUUUUGUCGAUGUUUUUGGUUGGGGAACGAUCGGAGCAGCUGUUGCAUUUGAUCUUACAAGUUGGAUCUCUGCGAUAGCGCAAUUUGUUUAUGUGGUCGGUUGGUGUAAGGACGGAUGGAAGGGACUCUCGUGGGCUGCGUUUAGGGAUAUAUGGGCUUUUGUUAGGUUAUCACUUGCAUCUGCUGUUAUGCUGUGUCUGGAGAUUUGGUAUAUAAUGAGCAUCAUUAUCAUCGCCGGCAAUCUUAAAGAUGCAGUUACUGCAGUUGGUUCCCUUUCUAUUUGCAUGAACGUUGAUGGAUUGGAAACGAUGCUUUUCGUCGGAGUCAAUGCUGCUAUAAGCGUUCGUGUUUCCAACGAACUUGGCCUGGGACAUCCUAGAGCAGCCAAAUACUCUGUCUACGUAACGAUCUUUCAGUCUCUGCUGAUUGGGAUUCUUUGCAUGGCUGUCAUCCUCACCACAAGGGAGUACUUUGCUAUUAUUUUUACAGAUAGCGAGAAUAUGCAGCGGGCGGUGGCUCACCUUUCAAGCCUUCUUGGUGUUACGAUGCUUCUCAACAGCAUCCAGCCAGUGAUAUCAGGUGUAGCCAUCGGAGGAGGUUGGCAAGCGCUUGUAGCGUACAUCAACUUGGGUUGUUAUUACAUUUUUGGUUUGCCUUUAGGAUACGUUCUCGGUUACGUGGCUGACUUUGGCGUCAUGGGAAUCUGGGGGGGAAUGAUUGCUGGACUGGCUUUGCAGACAUUGCUGCUCUUCAUCGUACUUUACAAAACCAACUGGAACAAAGAGGUGGAGCAGACGACAGAGCGCAUGAGGAAGUGGGGAGGCCACGACACUGCAGUAUCGAAUCACCAACUUCCAAUGAAAAACGGAACACCUUAACACGACUAUCAAUCUCAAUGUUAUGGUAAAUUGUAUUCAGUGGUUCAACGUUUGGAAAUUUUGACAAGCAGCACUCUGAAGUUAUUCCUAGUUUACAGUGUAUUGAGCUGUCACUUUUUGGAAAAUUCUAAUCCAAAUGAAGUUUGGUCAAACUUAAACCAAUUAUAUAAUAAGUACAAUCUACUUGUUUUGUGAUUGAUUUA